AAGACCUUGUUUGCUUUAGAGAUAUCAGACCCGGUGCCCCCCAUCACUAUCUGGUGGUGCCGGUGGAGCACAUGGGAAACUGCAAAACGCUGAAGACGGAACACAUACCUGUAGUGAAGAGAAUGAUGGAAGUUGGAAAAGCUGUCCUCCAGAGAAAUAAUUUUAGUGACUUGAAUGAUAUAAGAAUGGGUUUUCACUGGCCUCCGUUCUGCUCAAUAUCCCACUUGCACCUUCACGUCCUGGCCCCAGCCAGUCAGCUAGGAUUCUUAUCCAGACUCAUUUACAGAAUCAAUUCCUACUGGUUUAUCACGGCUGAACAACUGAUUGAGCGACUGCAAACUGAAAAUGCUGCCAGUUGAAAGCACUCUUAGCCUUGUGUCGCUAGCCGGUUUGUUCUUUGUCUUUGAACUCUGAUUUAAGGUUGUACAGUUUGAUGUUACCAAUAAUAAAUACCAGGAUAAAAAAAGCUUUAGUUCCUUAUGAGGAAAUACACACAGAAUUUGUAGCUGCCAAUCUAAUUCUCCCAUUUGGAUACUUGAGUCUGUAUACUUCUCUGACAAUAAGGCGAUGUAUUUUAAUUAUAAUUUUAUAUUUGUGUGUAUAUAUAUAUACGUACAUAAUACAUACACACACAUAUGCACACGUGCAGAGAACUGUUCUUAGUAAAAGGCAGGGUACAGCAGCAGAAUGUACUGCAACUAAGGCAACAAGUUACUACUAACAGCAUGUAUGUGGUACCAAAAGGAAUAUUUGUUGUGGAAUCAAGCUUUUAUUUUAAAGAUGCAUUGUUCUGGGAUCGCAAGUAACAUUUAAAACAUUUACGUUUCCAUCUGUGUUUGUAUGAUAUGUUACUUAUGCCUAGUUAUUAGUAGGUACAUUGCUGAAAGUACACUACUAACUUUCUGGUGCUAAACCACUUUAAUGUAUUACCUGUCUUAUUUGCAUGACAGUGAUAUAGUAAAUGUUAAUACAAUAGGUGCCCAGGGUGUGAUAAUGCUAUAUAACAUAGAAUAUAGUUUAAAUGUAUGUGUAAGUGGUUGUAUGUUGGACUUAAAGAUUGUUUCCCUCUUACGUGCACAAUAUUUUAAAUUAGUUAUCGUAUGUUUACAAAAAAUGUGAUGAAUUUGGAGGAACUGAUUUAAUAUACCACUCUUCUGUGUGAUGGUAGAAAAAAAAAUCCAAAUUUUUAGAUGGUUCUGAUAUUGUUCUCACUGGAAGUCCUUUGGAGAUUACUGAUGCCUUGGCUAAAUUUGAUUUCUAAAUGAAGUCGUAAAAGAAACGGGUCUUUAGUGCAGUGAGUAUGUGGCAGGCUUGCAUAAUAGCAAUCUGUUUUGAAUUUGGGAUAGCAGGGACUCAGCCCAAAACUGGAACAUGUUGGGUUGCUUAAGGAACCUGCUGAACAUCUGCCUUUGCUGUACCACUCUAAUCACUAAUGCUAGCGCUCUGUUUUUCAAUGCCGUAUUAAGGCAGACUGUUUGGAAAGCUAAAACUCCAGAAAACACGGAGUGGAUUUUCUUCAUUCACAGGGCGUAGCUCUUGGUGCCUAACUGAUCAAGUGUGUGUCCUUGGCUCAUGCAUUUAGAUGCAGCUGAGGUGGUGAUGGUCUGUUGCACCUGCAAGCUUCCCUGAACGUCAUCUUCUCAGUGAUUUCCACUGAUCCUGCACCUGUUGCCUUAGUGGUAGAAUGUAUUGUAAUAUUCUCACGGUAAACUAUACGUAAUACUUAAGAAAGUUCACACCCUUCUGAAGAACAAUGUUUUCUACCCAGAAGAGUUUACACCCCUCUUUUCUGUAAGACCUUGUUCCUGAUGUCCUGUUAUUAGUGGGCACUCACAUGUCAUUUGCAGCCCUUUAGGGUUUGAAUUUGUAACAUUAGGUAGGAAGAGUGUGAAUUAAAGCCGCUGGACUUUGACUACUUCUGUGCAAUAGAUUAGGAGGUUUGAGCUGGCUCCCAGCUUUGUGAAAUACCUGAACACAGAUCUUUCAAGAGUUAAUACUGUGUAUGUGUUCUGAUUUGUAAUUAAUUUAUGUAACUGUACUUAACUGUGACAUGUAACAUUUAAAGUACCAACAUGAACUGUUGUCAGACAGGAUUAAUAAACAAACAAAUAAAUGCUAACCUUGGAAUGA